AUGAUAUAUACAGCUCAGCAACUGACUAAUAUGCAGCAGUUCUCAAUUCAAGAGUGCUACAAGAAGCUUACUGGUGAAAAUGAAAAGGUGAACUGGAGUAAAUUUGUUUGGAAUAGACUAACUCUUCCCAAACAUAGGUUUAUAUGCUGGCUUGUUAUGAAGGAAAGGCUAAAUAUAGCCCUAAGAUUAAGAAACAUGGGAAUUACAGAUGAUCCCUUAUGCAGAUUAUGUGGUAUUGAGGAUGAAACUCACUUACAUCUCUUCUUUAACUGCCCUUUCAGUCUAGAGGUGUGCAAGUCAAUCUCUAAGUGGAUGCAGUUUGAGUUAUUUGGAGACAGCAUUGACAGCAGCUGUAGGAAAGUGCUUACUAGCAGAAGGUCAAGGUUCCAGAAGCAAAGCCUACUAGCAGUGCUGGGGGCUGCUAUCUAUUUCAUAUGGCUUGCAAGGAAUGAUGCAGUUUGGAACAGUAAAAUUGAUAUCAUCAGGCAUAACGUUCAUAGAAUUCAGAAAGUUUGUGUCAUUCGAUAUGGUGCCUUAGAAAUAGGUGCAGUACCAGGAAUUAAGUAUAUGCAUGGUGAACUCAAUGGCUCUCUUAGGCGGCAUAAUCUCACUUGGAAACACAUCCGUAAACUCAUUCGCAAUCGGUACAUCCUCAAUCUUUAA